GCUCCAGCGUCUCCGCAGCAGAUCAGGGACCGGCUGCUGCAGGCCAUCGACCCGCAAAGCAACAUCCGGAACAUGGUUGCGGUGCUGGAAGUCAUCUCCAGCCUGGAGAAAUACCCCAUUACCAAAGAGGCACUGGAGGAGACGCGACUUGGGAAGCUCAUCAAUGACGUCCGCAAGAAGACCAAGAAUGAGGAGCUCGCCAAGCGGGCCAAGAAGCUGCUGCGGAGCUGGCAGAAGCUUAUUGAGCCUGUACACCAGAAUGAGGCGGUCCUGCGGGGACUGGCAGGUGCCCCUGGCUCUGCUAACGGGGGUGCCCACAACUGCCGGCCAGAGAUGGGGGUGGCUGGUGCGCCCAAGAGCAUCCAUGACCUGAAGAAUCGCAAUGACAUCCAGAGACUGCCUGGGCAGCGGCUGGACAGGCUGGGCAGUCGCAAGCGCCGGGGGGACCAGCGUGACCUUGGCCAUCCUGGGCCGCCUCCCAAGGUUUCUAAAGCAAGCCAUGACUCCCUAGUCCCCAACUUAUCGCCUCUCCCCACCAAUGGGAUAGGCGGGAGUCCCGAGAGCUUCCCGGGCCCCUUGGACAGUGGCAGGCACAUGGGCCUAGAGGGCAGCUGCCUGGAGCAGGGCGAGAAUGACAAGCACAGCAUCAAGAUCCCCAUCAAUGCUGUGAGGCCUCACACCAGUUCCCCAGGUCUGGGCAAGCCCUCUGGGCCCUGCUUGCAAAGCAAGGCUGCAGUGCUACAGCAGCUGGACAGGGCAGAUGAGACCUCGGGACCCCCCCACCCCAAGGGGCCACCUCGCUGCUCCUUCAGUCCCCGGAACUCACGACAUGAGGGCCCCUUUGCCCGGCAGCGAAGCCCAUACACACCCAAGGGCUCUGUGCCCAGCCCCUCGCCUCGGCCCCAGUCCCUCGAUGUCACGCAGGUGCCAUCACCGCUGCCACUGGCCCAGCCAUCUACACCCCCUGUGCGGCGGCUUGAGCUGUUGCCCAGUGCCGAGAGCCCAGUGCACUGGCUGGAGCAGCCUGAGGGCCACCAGCGGCUGGCAGGGCUGGGCUGUAAGGCAGGGCUACCAUCAGCUGAGCCCCUCCUGCCCCGGGCUGGCUUCUCCCCAGACUCCUCCAGAGCGGACAGCGAUGCGGCCUCCUCCGGUGGCUCAGACAGCAAAAAGAAGAAGAGAUACCGGCCUCGUGACUACACCGUGAACUUGGAUGGUCAAGUGGCUGAAGCAGGCGUCAAGCCUGUCCGGUUAAAAGAGCGGAAGCUCACCUUUGACCCCAUGACAAGACAGAUCAAACCUCUGACCCAGAAAGAGCCAGUUCGAGCUGACAGCCCUGUGCACACAGAGCAGCCCAGGACAGAGCUGGAUAAACCUGAGGCCAAGGCCGGCCUCCAAAGCCCCUUUGAGCAGACGAACUGGAAGGAGCUGUCACGCAAUGAGAUCAUUCAGUCCUACCUAAGCCGGCAGAGCAGCCUGCUCUCAUCUUCGGGCGCACAGACCCCGGGGGCCCACCACUUCAUGUCUGAGUACCUGAAGCAGGAGGAGAGCACCCGGCGUGGGGCCAGGACGCCACACGUGCUACUGCCUCCAGGCCCAUCCACCGACCUUCCAGGGCUGAGCCGACAGGUCACACAGGACGAUCUGGACAGAAUCCAGGCCCACCAGUGGCCAGGGGUGAACGGGUGUCAGGACACACAGGGUAACUGGUAUGACUGGACACAGUGCAUAUCGCUUGACCCGCACGGCGACGACGGGCGGUUGAACAUUCUGCCUUAUGUUUGCUUAGACUGACUGGCCCCUCGGCCUCUAAGUGCAUUCCCACCUUGCAGUUAGCGGGAGGGCAGCUGGACCUGUAAGCCUCCAGUGGUUUGGAGCCCGGCUGAGGCAGAAGGGAGGGACGGGGGUCUAGAGGUCUCUCCGAGCUCUUCCCUCAAAAUUCUCCUUCUUUUGUGAAAUGCUGCUACCAGUUUACUAACAAAAUUACAAAGGAAGGACCGCGUGGAAGGAAGGCCGGCAAAAUGAGUUCAGAACUCUAUAGCAAACCAGCUAUAAAAAGCGUUAGUUCCCCACCCAGAAGAGGUGUGGACACUUCCCAGCACCCAUGAGCUGGGACCUCAGUUGCAGGCAGGCACAGAAAACCUGUGGGAAAAGUUACCUUUAACAGUGACAGAAGCACGCAUCUCAUCUGUCUGUGUUUUCUGUUCUUUAAUUUGGCCCUGAGUGUCUGAGGCAGUGAGCAACCAACCCCAUGGCCUCUGUUUGCAUCCCACCCAGCCAGUGUUUCCGUCAUGGUGCCAGAAGCUUCUCAGAUGUAGUGAGCUGCUGGCAGCAGGGGGGGCCACCUGGCUAGCCAGUUUGACCCACACUCCAUGGGCAUCCAUACAUUAGUAUCUGGUUUCAGUUCAAACCGAGUUUUUAAAGAAAUGCUGCAAAAAUUUAAGUUUUCUAGUUUAUUUUAUUCCCUUCUUCCAUCUCACCACCAGCCAAAUAAUUUUCUUCCUCUUCAUUUUCCCUUUCCUACACAUAUCUAGAAAACUUCACCUUUCUAGUCCCAUCCCCAAAACAAAAAGUUCCCGCAGGUGCUACUGGUGUGUAAAGCUGUACUGUUGGUGAGGAGACUUGUCUGUGCGCUGGAAACACUCAUGACCAUUCCUUUAGAUUCGUUUGCCUUAUGGUUAUUGUCAUAACGCGAUUUGCAAAAACAAGGAGCCUUAGUGAAUGUACAGUACCUAGACUUCUGUGUUCUCAGGAUGCAGAAGGGAGCAACUUUGCUAUUUGGUCCAGUAAGUGGACACCUUGUGAUAUAAAUGUGGAAAUAAAAAAAAAACCAUUUGCACAAA